AUGUCACUUAUUGCAUACAUUUUCGUAGUGUUGUCGAUUGUCACCAUCACCAAUACAGAAUUAGUGUGUCCCGGCUAUGGAUUCAUUCGUCCACAACAACCAUGUGUUGAUGAAUGCUCACCUGAAAAUGAUCAUUGUGAUACCGGCAAGAAAUGUUGUUAUACUCCUCUAGAACCAUGUGGAUAUCAUUGUCUUGUUGGCAAAGAUAAUGUAGCCAAAAAGGGUAAAUGUCCACGGCCAAGUUCUAAUCAAAAUCAUCAGUAUUGGAACUUAUGUGAUGGUCAUUUUUGUGAUGUUGACAAUGAUUGCCCACGGAAGCAAAAGUGCUGUCCUAACAAGUGUGGUACACCAUUGUGUAUUAAACCAAAAUAG